AUGAAUGAAACCAUUACCAUAUCCUUGUUGAUCCUGAUCAUUACCACAUCAUUGCUCUUGAUAAUACAGAGGCAAAGUGGGAACCUGAUUCCUGGUCUUCCCGGCCAAAAAAUCAAAAAUCGGAACCCGACUUUCAUCAUUGCAGGGCCCUGCGGUAGCGGUAAAACGGCAUUGUUCAGUCUGCUCACCACUGACACGGUCAAACCAACUGUUAUGUCCCAGGAAGUCAACGUCGCGUACGACUACAUGUUGCCUUCGACGGUUAAACAUUUGAAGUUCAAUUUGAUGGAAUUUCCUGGCCACGUCAAGCUGCGGUAUCGUUUGUUCGAAGCUUUGAAAGAGUCCAGCACGAUAAAGGGCUUGGUGUUUGUUGUCGACUCGACCGUAGACCCACAAAAAUUGACCGACACUGCAGAAUUCUUGCACGACAUCUUGGCCAUCACUGAAAGAGUGCCCAAUGGGGUCGACGUGCUCAUUGCUUGUAACAAAUCUGAGUUGUUCACGGCGAGACCUGCGCGCAAGAUCCGGGAAGUUCUCGAGCGUGAAAUAGCCAAAGUCAUCGAACGUCGCGCGAAAUCUUUGAGCAGCGUCCAAAAGGGAGAAGCAGGUGCUGAGACCGAUGACACCAACGACGGUUUCAACAGCCACGGCCCAUUGCUAGAAUACAAUUCCACCAAGGGGUUCAAGUUCGAAUUUCUGGAGGGAAACGUGGACGCGGUCAGCGGUAGUGUCCAAAAGCAAAACAUCGAUAAAUGGGAGUGCUGGGUUGACGAGAGAGCCAUCAAUUGA